AUGGCAUCCAAACGCAUCGUCAAGGAGCUCAAGGAUUUGCAGAAGGACCCUCCUACGUCCUGCAGUGCAGGUCCCGUGGCUGAGGAUAUGUUUCACUGGCAGGCAACAAUCAUGGGACCUCCUGAUAGUCCGUAUACUGGUGGUGUAUUCCUCGUUUCAAUUCAUUUUCCUCCUGACUAUCCAUUCAAACCACCAAAGGUUGCAUUUAGGACUAAGGUAUUCCACCCAAACAUCAACAGUAAUGGAAGUAUAUGCCUUGACAUUCUAAAAGAACAAUGGAGCCCGGCCCUAACCAUUUCUAAGGUCCUUUUGUCUAUCUGCUCACUGUUGACGGAUCCCAACCCUGAUGACCCACUUGUCCCUGAAAUUGCACACAUGUACAAGUCUGAUAGGGCUAAGUAUGAAGCCACUGCUCGCAGCUGGACACAGAAAUAUGCCAUGGGAUGA